GACGGCAGCCGCGGAGGCCUGUUGGUACCUGCGGCGAGCGGAGUGCCGGCCCGGGACUCGCAAUGCCGGUGGCUAUGUCGGUUUUCUUUUAGCUUCUGAAACGAUCUGCUCCGGGCGGCGGUUCGGUCAUCUUCCAGGACCUGGUCGGUCUGGUGGGGGUUGCAGUGUUUUCAGUGCGGAGCUGGGGGGACCGCCCCCGCCCGGCCGCCGAUUUGGUUAGUACCUGCUGGCCGACGGCGCUUGGGAACCUUUUAAAAGUCUCUCUCAAGUAUUUACCUGAAGAACGGGAAGGCCAAACCGUGAUGCUGAUUCAAUAUAUGUCAUAGUUAAGACGAUCCAGACAUUGGAAUCGUUAACAGACGAUUGUUUGAUCGAUGUUUUUACUUUCACUUUGCUGGACAGAAAGACGAAACUGGACUGCCCGUUUCAGGCCGGACGCCCAGCCACGCUUGUGGCUCGACGCCUCAGAGCCAUGGCAACAGACGAGCCAGGAGACGCUAAGGCCCAGUCCCACGUCUCAGCUUCCAGUCAGCGCCAGCAGGUGCCUGCAAAGCCCAGCUACGCGCUCAGCUCCACCCUCGCGGGACACACGCAGGCGGUGUCGUCGGUCAAGUUUAGUCCUAGCGGAGAGUGGCUAGCCAGCUCUUCUGCUGAUAAACGAAUUAUCAUUUGGGGAGCAUAUGAUGGAAAACUUGAAAAAACCCUGUAUGGUCACAGACUGGAGAUCUCAGACGUUGCUUGGUCGUCGGAUUCCAGUCGUCUCGUUUCUGCUUCAGAUGAUAAGACGCUGAAGAUAUGGGAUGUGAAGUCUGGGAAAUGCUGGCGAACACUGAAGGGGCACAGCAAUUACGUCUUCUGCUGUAAUUUCAACCCCGCGUCCAACCUCAUCGUUUCAGGGUCUUUCGACGAGAGUGUGAAAAUAUGGGAGGUGAAAACAGGGAAGUGCCUUAAGACUUUGUGUGCUCAUUCUGACCCGGUGUCCGCUGUUCAUUUUAACUGCAGUGGGUCCUUGAUAGUGUCAGGUAGCUAUGACGGUCUCUGUAGAAUCUGGGAUGCUGCAUCAGGUCAGUGUUUAAAAGUGCUUGUUGACGAUGUCAACCCUCCUGUCUCCUUCGUAACAUUUUCUCCAAAUGGUAAAUAUAUCCUCACUGCGACUUUGGACAAUUCUCUUAAACUGUGGGAUUAUAGCAGAGGCAGAUGCCUGAAGACAUACACAGGGCAUAAAAAUGAGAAAUAUUGCAUAUUUGCCAGUUUCUCAGUUACUGGUGGGAAGUGGGUUGUGUCCGGUUCAGAGGAUAACCUGGUUUACAUCUGGAACCUUCAAACUAAGGAGAUUGUGCAGAAAUUACAAGGUCACACAGAUGUCGUGAUCUCAGUGGCUUGUCAUCCUACACAAAACAUCAUUGCAUCGGCAGCAUUAACAAGUGACAAAACAGUUAAACUCUGGAUGAGUAACUACUGAACCCCACGGGGAACUGCGCAGUAGAGCUGAGGUGACCAAAAAACACCUGACUGAAGAUGGCAGUUUCUCUCCCCUUUGGUUUUAUAUUUCUGUAUAAAUUUUUGAAAAUUUUGAAAUAACGCAAACUUUAAAAAAUGACAUGAAGGAACAGGUGUUUAGGUUAGUAGUUCAGAUGCUUGCAUCCCACAUCAGGGCACCUGGGUUCAAGUCCCAGCUCUGGCUCCUGACUCCAGCUUCCUGCUAAUGCAGUCCCUGGGGCACAGUGGUGAUGGUUCAAGUAAUCGGGUUCCUGCCACCCAUGUGGGACCCAUAUUGGGUUUCCAGCUUUAGCCCCAGCCAUUGUGGAUAUUUGGAUGGGAGCUCUCGCUAUCCUCUACUUCUUGAUUUAAAAAAAAAAAAAAAAAGCCAGCUGGGAAAGCAAGCCUAGAAUGUGGAGCUUCUGACGUGUCAUCGAGAGUGUCAGCAUUCAUCGCGGGUGUCUGUAUCUGGGUGGUCUCCUCCCAGUGACAGAGCUUCAGUGUAUUUGGGGAAUAUUUACAAGUAAAUAUGUACUUGUUAACUGAGGGGAGCAGGGGAGUUUGGAGUAAUUCCAAAUAGUUCCAGGCAUAAGCCUGGACUGGAAGUAUAUAUCAGAGGUCACCACACACUUUUGGUGACAUCCUGUAUGAUUGCAUGGAACAGUCCACGGAAUCAAAUCUAGAAAUUGGGAAAAAUAAGUCACAGUUAGGUUCAUUCAAAGAGUUUAAAAUUUUCCAUUUUUUACCAAGCGGAAAACAAACCAACCCAAAACAGGUGUCUGGAUUUCGGUGAAGGAGCUCUCACUCCUGUGCUGUAUUGUGCCACCCUGUGAUUUUCAGGCAAUCUGACAUGUCAGGCUGGUGGGAUGGCUCUCCUUCACAAUGUGUCUGUCUCCUACCCACACUUCAAACUCAGCUCACUCAUCACCACUUGCAGAGCCGUCACUUCCUGCCUGCCUCCAACCCAGCUAGCAGCUGAAUUAGGUUUUCCUGCCUGUUCCCAUAGCUUCUGUUACGAAGUUCAAAAUACAUUAUUUACCGGUUUUUAUUGUAAUGGUUUCAGUUGGUUAUGGUCUCUGGAGUUGGGAAGUGUAUCUUAGUAAUCUUUGUAUUGUUGGUUUGUGUGUAGAGAAGGGGCUUAAGUCACGUUGGGUGAAUGACAAUGAAUGACACCACAUCUUCAUUCCUUGCCUGCUUUUGAUGAAUUUUGGUAUAAAUUCCCCAAACUGUCAUGUUAAUUCAAAAGUACCUAACGACAGCCUCACAUAUUAACUUUGCUAAACAGUGCUUACAAGAAAUAUAGAGUAGAAAGUGGUUUCUGCCCACCUAACCUUUAGAGUUAUGGUAAGCAUAACAAAAAUAGGCCAACAGUCAUUUAACUGGAACUAACCAGGGAAACACUCUUCAUAUGGAAAGAUGUCAUUUUUACUGUAUUAACAUAUUAGGUGAAUAUGUGAGAUCAAAUUCUCGCAAAUAGCAAAUGAGGCACAGGACAACAUUCGUCUUUGAUCCCCAGCAAAGCUCAGUACCACCUGCCAUUUGGGAAAUGUCUGUGAUGGUGUCUGUGAGGACACGAGUGGUGCCCGGGAGCUCCACCGUGGGUCCUUGCUCAAGGUGUUCUGCACUCAUCUUUCUCCCUGGGUCACAUCUUCAUUAUCAUGUACAGGAUGUGAGCAAGGGAUAGGUUUCCUGUGUUCACGUGGAUGUCCACCGCAGGGUGGAGGCUUACUAUUGCCCUGUCACCUGAUGUCAAAGCGAGCCCUGCUUUGCAGUGGUAGUCAUUUUGGACUGGAAAUGUUUCAAGAUAAUUCUCUUUGAUAUUGCCCAUUUUAUUGCUGCUAUUGCCAUGGUAAGAGCAAGAUGCUUAUCUGAUGGCAUGAAGAAAGGUGUCCUGGAGAGAAAUUGCUUUUAAAUUCUGCACACCAACUUUCAUCCUGUGAGCCUGCCAUCCUGUUGCAAUCUGCGUUAUUCCUUAUGUAUUUCACAGCACCUUAUGAUGUUGCUCAUUAAAUUUUAUUUGUUGACACAUGUGAGGAUGAGAUAAUUAGUUACUCGCAGAGGCUGGUAGUGAGGCUGCUGGGAGAACUAUGAUUAGUUAGGGACAGGUCUGGCUGAGUGAUGUAUGUUUAACACUUAAUCAGACUGUCACUCCAUGUUAACAAAUGGAGAAUACAACAACAUGAGAAGUGAUUGUAUAAAUUCUUGGGGGCAUAACAACAGUUGUCAGCUUUAGUUGAAUAAAACAUUUUUAUUGCAGUGAAUCUCCAAGGUACAGCCUUUUAAAAUGCAUUUCAAAAGGUGAACAUGGCACAACUGUUACUUAGGUGAUUGUUUAGGUGUCCCAAAACAAUCAAGGAAAACCGACCUUCUAAUGGACAAGAACCAAUGCUUUUUGUUUGCAAAU